AGAAACAUUGCAUCUGCUGCUAUAAAUAGUAACAAAAUGGCGCACUGGUUUCACAGAAACCCAAUCAAGGCUUCUGCUCCUGUUACGUUUGAGUCGAUUCGAAAUGUAGCGACCAAUUCUACCUCGUCUAAGAUGCUCUCAGAACUGAAGAUGGCCAGGGUAAAGCUGUUAAAUUCCUUGACAGACCCUUCAAAUGAUCCCAAAUCAAUCCAACAGGCCACUGAGCUUUAUUUGUCACUCCUUCAUGGUCUUGUGAAUGAUCCAGCCCAAGGAUCUGGUGACAGCAAGCUUCGUAAACUAGUCAUGUUCAAGUGGACAAACUCAAUUUGUGGAAACACUCCAACUUGUUCAGCUGACAGUGUGUUUGAGUUAACAUCUGUCUGCUUGAAUGUUGCCGUCUGGUAUACAAAGUAUGCAGCAAAACUGGCUGCCAAGGGAGAGGUAACCAUGGAUGAAGCAAAGGAAGUCCACACAUGCCUUAGAGCUGCAGGAGGAAUGUUUAAGUUUGUCAAGGAAAGUCUGAUGCCACGCCUUGGUGACUUAUCAGCUGAGAAAGGUGCUGAUACUGAUCAGCGAGUGUUGGAGGCUUAUCAGAUGCAGUGUGUUGCUGAAGCACAAGAAGUUACUGUGGCACGAGCAGUGGAGCUCAAACAUAAAGCUUCUCUUAUCUCUGCUCUUACCAAUGAGACGUCAAAACUGUUUACAGCAGCAAGUGAUUCUCUGAAAUCAGUGGAGCCAACUAAAGCUGGUAAAUGGAAGAAAUACCUUGAUUUGAAAGCUGCAUUUUAUCAGUCCUAUGCUUACUGCUUUUGUGGGGAAACACUUCUUGCUGAAGAUCAGUGUGGAAAAGCCAUUCGAGCUCUACAAGAAAGUGAUAAAUUGUACAAGAAGGCUGAAGCAAUUUCCCACGAGUACUCCAGUACUAGAGGGCCCGGCACAACAGCUAGACCAUGGCAACAUCCAUUUUUCCUAAAACUUGGUCCCAUCAUACGAAAGAAGCUGGAGAAAGCCAACCAUGAGAAUGGAUUCAUUUAUUUCCACAAAGUCCCUGCCGAGCCACCCGAACUUGAACUGAAGGCAACUCAUGGCUUAGCAAGUCCUCAAGAGUUCACCCAGCCCGCUCCGCAUGCCUUAUGGUCAGGGGAUACUUAUGCUGGAUUUGACGCGUCCAAAGCUCACCCUCCUCCGGCUUCCCAAGCUGCGUCAGGUGAUGUGAAACCAGUUCCAGAGCCCGAAGAUUCAAGUCCUGUAAAACCGGCUAACAAUUCGUCUGGAUGUGUAGUAUCUUAGUUAGAACGUCUCCGUAUAAUUUUUCAUGCCAGUUUUAACUUUUGUUUACUUUGGUGUAAAAAGUCACGAGACUCCUGAUUGAGUGGAUGGGGAAGGAUCUGAAGGGAUAAAAUGCUUUUGCAGUUUGAAACCUUACAUGAGUCCUUGUGCCAUUUCUCCUUAAAGAGGCAGUGUCACAGUUUGAACAAUUCAUCCUAAGUUUAACAAGUUCAUCAUUCAAUUUUUAUUCCUCAACCCGGCACACUCUCUCUUAAUGUAUGUUUUUAUCUCCCUCACAAAACGAGCCUAGAGAGACCUCUGUCGAAAGGCAAUCUGUUGUGACGCGAAGAAUUCCUCAGAAAAAUGUGGCAUUGCCCCGAAAAAGUUUAAGCACAAGUACAAGAAUAACAUAGACUGCUUUCGCAUUUCGCGACUUAGGAAUUAUAGUCAUGAAUGACGUUUUUUGUCAGAGAUCAAACCGUACGAGUUACCAUAAUUUUUUUAAAAUCGUAUAUAGCACGCACUGACACAGUUGAACGCUUUAUUGAGAACAUAGAUAUAAAUAAUAUACUGUUGCAGCACAGUCAACCAUCUAUCUUUGCAUUCAAAGUACAAAUACAACCUCCAAUUAAACUUGCUGGUGGAGACAAUGAAGCUCAGAAACAUCGUAAUUUUUGUUGAUUGUAUUGUGCAAUAUUCUCUUAACCCUUUAACUCCCAAGAUCUGAUUGUUAAUUCUCUCCUUCAGCUGCUACAAAUUUUCUUGUAAAUUAGUGAUGGGAACUUGGUGCUAGAUCAAGAUAGCAGCUUCUACCUGAUAAGUUUGAAUAUUCUCAUUACCUGUUUGCUGAAUAAUGUAUGGAUAUUGUAGGGAGAAGUUUCAUGUUAAUCACUUCUGGGAGUUAAAGGCUUAAGUGAGUUAAGAUGUGUCGUAUGGAACUGC